GAUUGGUAAUGGUUUCGCAAUUGUACGACCACCGGGUCAUCAUUCGUAUGGAGAAUUUCCGCAAGGAUUUUGCAUUUUUAAUAAUGUCGCAAUUUGUGCUAAAUAUGCUGUACUUGUUGUUGAUUCCGAUUAUCACUGUGGCAACGGAUUAUAUCAUUCAUUUAAAGGGGAUAAUCGAUUUUUGUACAUUAAUUUUCAUGCUUAUCAUUAUGGAGCUUUCUGGCCAUAUGAGGAAGAAUAUGAUUAUGAUAACAAAUAUGAUAAUAUCAUAUCCAUUCCGUUGAAUUGUGCAAUGAAUACGGAAGGUGAUUACAUUGGUGCAUUACGACAUCUUGUAAUACCUAUUGCUCAAGAAUAUCAACCAGAAUUAGUACUUGUUGCCCUUGGAUUUGAUAGCGCUUAUUAUGAUGAUUUAUUAGAACAUGGACAAGGUAUCAAAGCACAUGGGUAUGGGCAUAUAAUGAAGAUAUUGGAUAAUUUAUGGCCCAAUAAAAUUUUGGCUAUUUUGGAAGGUGGUUAUUUUUCUGGAAGUUAUACUGAAUGUGCUGCUAUGGCUGUACGAGGUUUACGAAGAAUGGAUUUACCAAAAUUACAACAUCCAAAACAAAUUAAUGCAUGCAUGACGGAAACAUUAUGGAAUAGUUUAUGCUUUCAUGCAAAACGCUGGAAGAAUAUUGCGAAACAUUUGGAUAAAUUGCAAGAUAUGCAGAUCAAACAUGGAUUUCCAAAAUAUGUACCACCAUCUACCAAAAUUUUUGUUGGUGAUAGUUUUCGCAAAUUAUGGAAUGAUGUUCAAAAAUUAAAAGUGGCACGAACACGUGAUUGGAUAAGUGGAAUGUCUUACGAAGAUGAACGCCUUGCUGAGAAAAAAAUCAAUGAAUACAUAAAGGAAUAUGAAUAUGGUGUUCCAACAGAUGAAUUAACAGAAGAUGAAUUUCUCAAGCAAUUAUUAUGGUAUUCUCAACGACGUGGUGAAGCAUUUCUGAAAUCGAUCCCGACAACGCUCUUCUUUUAUAAUAGUAUGCGAGAAUGCAUGGAAAACGAGAAUGGUGUCUAUUUAAUUAUUGAUAUGUAUGCAUAUCGUGAAGCUGCUCAUAAGUGCGGCUUAAAAAAUCGAACGUAA